UUUCACCAGAGAUUUUACUUCAAGUCUUGAACCACAUACUUGAAGCUCUUGCCAGACUUGUACAUUUGGAAAUAAAAUUCUCUCCAGAUCACCAUAACAGGAGAAAGAAAUAAAGGAAAGAAAGAAGUUUAUCUAGGUAGGUGCUUAAUAAUGGAAAAUCUGGAACAUUAUGACGUUCACAGAGCUAACAUUAGAAAUAGUGUUAUUUUGGGCCUCACUGUCCCAGGACCUCGCAAACCGAGCACUCUCUUCUCACUCUACUCAACUUUUCUCAACACCUAUCAGAUAGUUGUAUUCUUCCUGAUGUCGUUAUCAGUGGUACUGCAGCAAACAAGUAUUCAUCGUAUUUUGGUGGAUGUUGACGCCGCUUACUGCACCAUGUUUGGCUUCGCUGUGUCCAUUUAUUAUUCGUUCUACACCAAACAACUGCAAGAAUUAAUCAAACGCUUCAACGAGAUCACAAACGACUGCCUCAAUGACCCCCUGGAUGACGGAAGAACGUUCAAGGAGAGGCUCAACACCGAAAACCGAGUCGUUUACAAAUGUGCUUCAAUAAUUCCAUUGACCACUGGCAUCUGUCCCAUGACAUACUAUGCAAUCGGUGUGGCGAGAAGUUUGAGAUUGUUUGGCAUGGAUGGCAAACGAGACGUGACUGUUGACACCAUCAUUCCCAAUCUCGACCAGUCUCCCAACUUCGAAAUCGCUCAGGUCACAUGUAUGAUCAGUAUCCAGCUCGGAAUCACCAGAAAGGCGGCAGUUGAAUGGUUCCUUAUAAGCUUGAUGGCGCUCUCAAGGACUUACAUCAAUCACAUUGAAAUGACUCUCAUGAAAGUAUUUUCGGAUGCUCAAGACAGGAACCUCAAGAGUGCUGAGAAACAUAUGGUUGGAGAGCUUGAAAAUGAUGAAAUUGAAAGGAAAGUUCACUUCAAUGUGGAAUCAAGGCUUGUCGAAGAAAGAAUCAAGCUUUGGGUGAAGAUUCAUCAGAAGGUUUUGAGGUUAAAUGAGGAUCUAAUAGUAGCCCUUUCUCCAUUAAUGGCAUUCUAUCUAGUUAAUAUAACUACUCUUUCUGCGCUCACUGUAUUUGCUGUUACCAUGGAUGAAGAGAUGAUUUUUGUGGAAAAAAUGUCGAUGGGAUAUUUUGGUGUUAGCUCUGUUAUAACCCUAUUGUUAUUGUGCUCUUUUGGAAAUCAGCUGUUUUUGAAGAGUGGAAAAUUGGCUAAUUUGGCUUUCUAUAAAUGCUUUGAAAGUGGAAGUGGAAUGUACAGCAAAAAUGUCUACAAUAGUCUAAAAGUUAUAUUUCAGAGAACUCAGUCUCCAAUAGUUUAUGCGCCCUACAAAAGUCCUAGUUUCACUUUUACAAACGAAAGCUCUGUUUCUUUUGCCUGGUCGAUGAUAUCCUUUUUCUUCGCCAUCAAGAAAUUGAAAGAAAUAGCAUCAGAAUCAAAAUAUUGAGAAAUUAACCAUUUCUUGGAUUAAAAAAAAUUCUUGUUGAAUCCAAUUAGUUUAUUUAGGUCAAGUAACGUAUUGAAUAGUAACACAAGCACAGAAAAAAGGAUAUUUCUUUGGUACGGUACCUUCAUGUAUAUAAUUUGAUUAUAAAUAUGUUUGUCUCAAUUCAAAGUUUCAUUUGAUUAAUUUAUAACUUUUGUAUUUGAAUAAG